UUAUGCUCAGCCUUAUUGAGGAGGACUUCGUUGUUAUCGAUUCCAGUCCACACUAGAUAGUACGGAGUAAAACUGUAAAAGCCGAAAAUCCCAUAUUGAGCUGUUGUUGGUGUAAUUGUUUCCCCUAUCGAUAUACAAGAAAAACUGGGGGAAGGUGAUCGGGAAAUUCGCCGAGAAAAAAUGGUGUCGGCGAACAGAGAAAUGGCGGUGUACUGCUUCGAUACCUUGGUGGCUCACUACAAUCGCGAAAAACCUCCCCCUCCUGCCUUCGACGACGGUGAUCAUCCUUUAUUUGUGACAUGGAAGAAAGUGGAGAAUGGUGGUGAACCUAGUCUGCGUGGCUGCAUUGGUACUUUGAAACCAUACAACCUAAUUGAAGGCUUUAAGAAUUUCUCUCUAGCAAGUGCUCUUGAGGAUCGCCGUUUCGGCCCAAUACAGGCUAAAGAAUUGCCUACACUUGAAUGUACAGUGUCAGUUCUUGCUAAUUAUGAAACUGGACGUGAUUAUCUUGACUGGGAGGUUGGUAAGCACGGAAUAACUAUUGAAUUUACUGACCUUAAUAAUACAAAGAGAAGUGCCACAUAUCUGCCAGAAGUAGCUGCACAUGGAGGCUGGACACAAGGUCAAACAGUUAUCUCACUAAUGCGAAAGGCAGGUUACAAUGGCCCGAUAACUGACUCAAUUUUGGAUGACAUCCAGCUAACUCGCUACCAAAGCACAAUCUUCACAUUGACUUACAGUGAUUAUGUGGACUUUGUGAAGACCACCAGAAGUGCCACUCCCAGUAUUAAGUAAUGGCGUGAUGUGCACAAGCUUAAAGGCUGCUUAACAGCUUUCCCACCCAUGGUUUGUCAUAAAAUGAUGAAAAUCCUAUGCUAAACUUUUUUUCACAUUUUUAUGUCCUUGUGCGUGUUUCUAAUAUUAUAUGGAGUACUACGUAGUAAGGUCCACUGUGUGCGGUGGACUGUGCCAUGAAAGACUGUUAUAUGUUUUCAAUGUUUAGGAGAAAGUCAUUGUAUUUGCUUCAAAUAAUGUAUUUCAGGGUUUUUUCGCUAUAACAAAUUAUUUUCAUGGGGAAAAAUCUCAAGGAGCCCUCAAAUUGUUAAGUGGACCCAAACUGUUAAAAUGCCUCAUAAAAUGUA